GCGGGAGCCGUAACGAGCGCCGGCGAGGGCAGGCAAGAGGGUGGGAAAGCCGGCGGGAGCGGAGGGCGGCGCCGGAGGAGGGCGGCGCGUGGCUGACUCAUCCCUCUGGAAGAUCUAACUGACGGAGACAAACCCUCGUCAAACCCGCCCGCCCGCGCCACCCCUCCUCAGCCGGGAGGCGCCCGCCCGCACCGCCCACCCGCCCUCUCCCGGCCCGGCAGCCUCGGAGAAAGUUUUUCUUGUCGGAGGGACCCGAGCCGCCGCGGGCCUUUCGGAAGAGAAGGGGGACAGGAAAGGAGGCGACCGCCGCGCGGGCCCGGGGAGUGCAUGGUGCCCGGCGCCUCGGCUGCCAGUCAGGAGGACAUCGGGGCGGGGUCGGGCUGAGCCGAGCUCCUUCUUCCCCCCGCCUCGCCAGAAAUCGCUCUCCCGGACUGCCGCGGGGGUCCCCGCUCCUCAGCCCGCCAUGUCCCGGCUGCUGCCGCUGCUGAGGAGCCGGACCGCGAGCAGCUUGAGGCCGGGCCCGGCCGCCGCGCCCCGCCCGCCGUCCUGGUGCUGCUGCGGGCGGGGGCUGCUGGCGCUCUCGGCCCCCGGCGGCUCCCGGGGGCUGGGCACCCACCCCAAGAAGGAGCCCAUGGAAGCGCUGAACACGGCGCAGGGCGCGCGCGACUUCAUCUACAGCCUGCACUCCACCGAGAGGAGCUGCCUGCUCAAGGAGCUGCACCGCUUCGAGUCCAUUGCCAUCGCCCAAGGUAUUUCAAGAUGUUCCAGUCAACUGACAAGGACUUCUCCUCACAGUGUCAGAACUGUAGUGAUGAUGAGAGUAAUGCAUCUAGCAAAUAGUUCUGAAAAAUUGGAAGCACCACCACCCACACCAGGACAGCUGAGAUAUGUAUUCAUCCACAAUGCGAUACCUUUCAUAGGGUUUGGCUUUUUGGAUAAUGCAAUUAUGAUUGUUGCAGGCACCCAUAUUGAGAUGUCUAUUGGAAUUAUUUUGGGAAUUUCAACUAUGGCAGCUGCUGCUUUGGGAAAUCUUGUGUCAGAUUUAGCUGGACUCGGACUUGCAGGCUACGUUGAAGCUUUGGCUUCCAGAUUAGGCUUGUCAAUUCCUGAUCUUACACCAAAACAAGUGGACAUGUGGCAAACACGUGUUAGUACACAUUUUGGCAAAGCUGUUGGGGUGACUAUUGGCUGCAUUCUAGGAAUGUUUCCUUUGCUUUUCUUUGGAGGAGGUGAAGAAGAUGAAAAACUGGAAAAGAAAAAUUAACUCUCUUAGAAUAUCUAUAAAAAGAUGUAAACUAAUGUACCUCAAUUACUAAAUAUGCUGUCACAACAUUUAGGAAUUAAGACAAUAACAGUGUAUAGAUACGGGAUCAAAUAAUUCAGCAUGUAUUAUGGAAAACACUAACUUAUUGUGGCUUGGUUUUCUUAGGACAUCUUUUUAAAAAAAAUGUUUAGUAUCAUUUUGUGUAAAUUGUUGAAAUGCUUUUUCAUCAGUAGCAGUCAACAUUUUACCUUUUUCUUUACAUAUCAAAAUAUCAUUUAAGUAUCAGUCGUUGGUGUACUGUACUCAGUUGGGGUUUGCCUAUUUGUUAUUUCAUGUGUGUGCAUGCAUGAAAGGGUCUUCUGUUGUGGCCGUUGUUCUCUAGUUACAAUUCAGCCUUGAGACUUUUUUCCAAAUUAUGGACGAUAUUUAAUAUAAGUUAAAGGCUUUUCUUUUUACUCUAUUUGGCAACAUCAAUUUUGUACUGUUUUACAGUAAACACUUAGAAUCAUAUAAUUUCAGUCACCUUUUUAACUCAUUCUACUCAAGAUAGACCACACUUCAAGCAUUUUAAGUAUCUGUUACUCAUUUCAGUUUUCUGACCUCACUGUCUCAAGAGGUUAAUCAGAAUGAGUAAUUAUGUGGUGUCCCUACUACAUAAAACCACAAAUGUUAAUAAGUGUAUUUUCGGUUGAUUUUUUAACCUUUAAUUUCUCAAUUUUGAAUUAUUACCUGGUGGUUUCUAACUCCUUAGGGGAAGAAAAUGAUUAUUUUAAGGUCUUUUAUAAAUGAGGAGUAUGGAAGUAGGGUAAAAUAAGGGGUUUGACAUGACACUUGGAAACUAAGAGGCUAGAACAUCUUUUUAGAGAAGAAGAAAAUGGGAACUGUCGAGAAGGCUUAUGGUAUAAGCGGUAAAGUUGUGGUGUUUAGAGGGUUAAUGAGAUACAAAUUAUAUUGUUUGGGAUGGAUUUCUUUUCCCCCAAAGUGUCUCCUCAUCUGAUUUGAAUGAAUCUGAGUACCCCAUACUCAUAAUCCUGAUGUCUUGUCUCAUUUAGUGAAUUCUAUUUUGGGAUAACUCACUUUGAGCUAAAAACUACAUAUUUUAUAUUUUGCCUUUUUUUGCUAUGAAUAGUCUAGUAGUCAAAAGUUACGCGAGGAGAAAUCUUUGUUUUUUGUCUUUUUUCUUCUUUUGUGGUGUUCAAAUAAUAUUCUAGGUUGAAACUACUUAUGUUCAGCCUUCUAUAUCUGACAUACAUAGUAUAACUAUAUAUGAAUCAUAAAUUUUAAUUUUAUGAACCUUUAAGUUUGUUAGCAUAUGGUCUGUAACACCAUAUGCUAAAAAAUUACUCUUACUUGUUAAGAGUAAACACAUCAUGGAGGAGAAAAACUGAAGUUAAAAUUACUGUUUGGGCCACUGAAAUUAUUUAUAUUGCUAAAUAGAUACAAACGAAGGGAAACUUCUAAGAUGGCUGUAUUUACAGCUACCUUAUUUUGAAGUUUUAUUUGCACAUGAUUACUUUGACCUCUUAUUUUCAGAGGGGCUGCUUUUUCCCACGAAGCAGUUUGUCAUAAAUUAUGCUCUGUGAAUUUCAAAAUAAUUUAAAGGUAUCCUUCAAUCAUAGGUUUUGAGGGAAAAGAAGAAAAUAAAUCACAUAAUGUAAAAAUAUAUAACAUUCUUAUUAUGUACAAAUAAUACCAUAGUCUCAUUUGAUCACAUUAGAAUUACAGAAGUUGACUCCUUAAACAGAAUUGUGGUUUUACCUUCCACCUAGUACUACACACACACCAAAAAGAAUUUCUUUAUUACUUCAGCUGAUAGGAUUCAAGUGCUUAUUUAAACAGUUUUUUUGGGGGGGGCGGGGGGUAAACGUUUAAGUGCUUUUGUUCCUAACUUGUAUAUUGCCAGUCCUUUCUGUUUUCUAAAAAGUAUUUUAUUGUGGUGCUUAAAUUUUCUUCUUAUUAAUUAAAUCCCAUAUCCAGAAACCUUGCCUGUGAGUAUAGAAAGGGCUUUUAAUUAUUGGUUUCCACUCUUUGCUCUUGGAAGUAGUCCUACAGAAGCUUUCAGCUUAGCUGAAUGUCUGCAGAAUUAUUUAAGGUGUCAAAACGUAGUAUAUAUAGCCUUCAUGUUGAAAGAUCUUUUAAUUUAUGGACAUAAUAAACAUUCGAAUCAUUCAGAUAAUUAGUUUUCAAAAAAUGGAGCCCUUUGUCCUCAACUUAAGUUCACAUCUUUUCAAGAUCUUAUUCUACCUGAGUAUUGGUGCUUUGCACAACGUGACUUCUGAAAAAUGGUUCCCUUUAAGAUAAUGACGUCAUAAAAUCAUUGUUUCAUGGUACUUGUCACAAAUAACCUUAUUUGAGAUUGAAACUGGAAUCUUAUUUCUCAUAUUAGCUACUUCUUUGUUGGAAGCACCAUACCUAUACUUAAAUGGAACAUGAGCUACUUUAGUACCGUUUGUUUGAAAAUCAUGUUGUCUGUGUAUUACGAUUUAUUGACUUGUUGAUGCAUGUAAAUUGGGUGCAUUUUGUUGCCACUGUAUGUUAAAUGGUGACCAAUGUUUUUACAAAGGAAUUGAACAAAAAAUAUCUUUUAAGAAAUUU